AUGUCCUAUCAACAAUCUUAUAAUCCAUCACAACCACCUUCUUAUCUCCAUCCAGGAAUUUAUCCUGUACCAAGAGCAAUUUCAAACUCUGUAAAACAAAAACAUAAACAACAAGCAGGUGAUAGUACAGAAUCCGCACAUUUAAGAUAUACAGCAGCCACCUGUGAUCCCGAUGAUUUCACUCCGAUGAAUGGUUGGAAAUCAAGAAGCGCAAAAGACAAUUGUGAAACGGAAUUGUUAAUUGUAGUAACUCAUUAUAACAAAUAUAAAAUUUUGUUUACAAGAAAUAUACAGGGUGUGAUGAUGAAUGUGAGUUUUCUUUAA